UACAAAAAACAAUAUAAUAAAUUUGAAAUAGAAUAUCUGAAUCAAAUUUCCUCCUAAUAGAAGAAAGAUGACAAAAUAGUACACAUCUGAACUAGCCGUUGGCGACUUUAAGAAAAGAAUAAAAAGAAAGAGAAAACACCAUUAAAGCUGUGGGGCGGUGCCCUACAGCAUUCCAUUGAAAGGCCACACACGCUGGAUCCAUGACCCCACCAUCGAGAACAAAACCCCCAACGGCUACCUUGCAUCGGUGGCGCCAGAUCACCGACCGUUGAUCACGGGCCCAACAACGCCUUUCUCUUCUCUUCCUCUUUUCUAAACUCAUUUAUAACCACUAGGCAGCCAGAUCCGCUUGCUCAUCACAGUCUUACGUCUUCGACCUCCACCACUCUCUCUUUCUCACACUAAGCUUCCAAAGGCUGCUCGCCAUGACUGUGGAAGUGAGCCCGGAGCAAACCCAAAUGGUUGAAUCCGCUGUGAAGGGAGAAGAGCCAGUGAAGCUGGAGGAGACUGCAGCAGAAGAGAAGAAAGCAGAGGUUUCCGAUGGCAAGUAUCCCUCUUCGGAUCACAGCUCGGCAGUCGUUGAGAGAAGCCCCUCCUUCAAAGAGGAGAGCAACUUCCUCUCCGACCUCAAGGAGAGCGAAAGGAGGGCCUUGUUUGAGCUGCAAAGCAAGCUUGAAGAAGCCAUUGCCGAAGGAAAUCUUCUUAAGAAAGACAGCAAAGAGACAGAUGAAGAUUUUUCAAUAUGGGGAGUGCCUCUCUUGCCCAGCAAAGGCGGUAAGAGCACCGACGUCGUCCUCCUCAAAUUCCUCCGUGCCCGUGAGUUCAAGGUCAAGGAUGCAUUUGAUAUGUUAAAGAAUACGCUUCGGUGGAGGAAGGAGAAUAAAGUUGAUUCCAUUCUCGAUGAGGAGGAUAUCAGGGAUGAGUUUGGGAAGGCGGGAUUCAUCAAUGGUCUUGAUAGGGAAGGGCAUCCUGUCUGCUACAAUGUUCUUGGUGUUUUCCAGGAUGCUGAGAUGAGCAGGAUAGUAUUUGGUAGCGACGAAGGACGCAAGAAGUUUUUGAGGUCGAGGGUACAGCUGAUGGAGCAGGGGAUCAAGGAGCUUGACAUGAGACCUGGUGAGGUUUCUUCUCUGCUCCAUAUUACUGAUCUCAAGGAUGUAAUUGGCUUGUCCAAGAAGGAGGUUAGGGACACCAUUAAGCAGGCUGUGCAUCUUCUACAAGAUAAUUACCCUGAAUUCGUUGCAAAAAAUGUAAUAAUCAACGCCCCUUUUUGGUACUAUGCUCUCAAUGCAAUCCUAUCCCCUUUCCUAACUCAGAGAACAAAAAGCAAAUUUGUUGUUGUUCGUCCUGCAAAGGUUACCGAAACUCUUCUCAAAUAUAUUUCUCCUGAGGCUAUUCCUACACAGUAUGGUGGUCUUAAACGUGAGAAUGACAACGAGUUCUCAAUGGAAGAAGGGAGAGUAUUAGAACUGACCGUUAAAGCUGCUUCGGUUGGGACAAUUGAAAUCCCUGCACUUGAGACAGGAACAACUCUCCUCUGGGAUUUUGUUGUCCUGGGUUGGGAAGUGAACUAUACAGCAGAGUUUGUGCCAAGUGAUGAAGGUUCUUAUACAAUAAUUGUUCAGAAAGGAAAGAGAAUAGCAUCUCAGGAGGAGCCAAUCCGCAACUCAUUUCGGAACAACGAGCCUGGCAAAGUUAUUCUCACCAUUGAAAACAGCACAUUGAAGAAGAAGAGGGUUUUCUAUAGGUACAAGGUGAUAAGUGCUUGACUGCUUUCAUUCUUUUGAGAAAGUGAGACUUUGUGGAAGUAGAAUCAUUCUUUUAGGAUAUUUGAACGUUUAUGAUUUGGAGAGUUUAACGUGGAAAAGUUUGUGAGUCGGUUACAGUAUACUUUUUAGGAUUAUUGUUAAGUUAUAGAACAUUAUCAUUCUUUCAAGGUUGAGUAUUGAUUUCCGACGUCCAGAUUUUAUUCUAUUUUCAUUAUGAUUGUAAUAACAAUAUAUGUUAUGGAGUUUUUAUCUCAUUUGUGUUGUGUGCAAGCUUUCUUUCAAUAAUGAAAUUUGUGAUGAAGAGUUUAACAAAAUAGUAAUCUUCCCUAAAGUAAGUGCAAUAAAAUUUUC